UUGACACCCAGAAUCAAUUUGACUUGAAAUCCACUUUUUUAUGGGCUUGAAGUUGUAUUAGCUGGGGAGAGUGAAUCUCUGCUCCCAAGAACUGCUGGCCCUCUUUCAUGGGCGGACUCAGUCCCGUAGCACCGAUACAUACUUUGUAGCGCGCACAACACUUCGAUUAACGCUCACGGCUCACCAUGGAUAUUUGAAGCGCCUCUGAAGCAGCCUCUGUGCUUCCUUCAGAGAGGAUAUGCCACUCUACGCCAUGAAUAGACAGGACGGGCAGGCCGCUAAUGCAACGAGCGCCUUUCGAUUUCUCAACCUUCCCUACGAGUUGCGAUUGCGAGUCUAUGAGCUCAUCCUGAUAAUCCCAAAGACCCUCGAUCUCGACCCUGCGAACGCGCGUGCCGUGGCCCCCUCUUUGCGGCUCUUCCUCGUGAGUCACCGCACGCAUGAAGAGGCAUAUCGAGUCUUCUAUGGGCGUAACACCUUUCGCACCUUCCCCAUCCAUGGCCGCUUCUUCCACACCAACGCACCACUCCUCGCGCGCCUCUCUCCGCGAUACCGGGCUGUUAUCACCAGGCUAGAGCUGAGGCUCGGCCCUGGCUGGACUCAACCCCCGAGAGGGUGGAUCACUGAUGGGCGGCAUGGACUGCGCGAUGCGACAAAGGUGCGGCUGUUGCGCAUUUUUGUCGAGUGCGAUCCCGCAUCUGACCCCAUCUUCGAGGGCUUCCGUGUCGGGUCAGGCUUUUACACAGAAUUCAGUGUGAAUCUGCUCAGGGGCUUGUUGGCACAGUUGCCCUCCAUUUCGGAGGUCGAGUUCGAUGCUUACCCCUCCGUGUUGAAAUCCUCGCCUCUGCUCGAGGCUCUAGUAGCUGAAGUGAAGACGAACAAAAAGUCGUAUUCAGUGGGGACCAGACCGUUGUUGGGACAGGGUCGUGGGGUUGAACCUAGCGAGUGUGUUGGAGAAAUAGGGCCGAAGUGCCCAUGAAAUCUACAUCAUCCCUUUCACCAUCACAGCAUCUUAGCAUCCCUCUAUCUUUCUCCUUUCCAAUUUGAAUAGACGAAUCAAUACUAGUGUCCAGGAUAUCACGCAAACGCCCCCUACUCCGAAGCGCCUCAGUGACAUCUGCUU